AUGCAAUCUGGGUUUGACCGAAGGAGAAUCAAUGGACCUGAGGAAAGCAACCCUCCAAUCUUUGAAGACGAAGAAACCCCCACAUGGAACGUUGGAAUGCCCAGGAGGAAUAGGGCUUCUGUUGAUAUCAGACCCAUCUUCCUCCAGCCAGGAUUAAUCAACCAAGCCACCGGUUCUGCCUACAUAGAAACCCAAAAUACAAAGAUCGCCUGUGCCGUCUUUGGCCCUCGACAGGCAAAAAACGUCGCUUUCAACGAAAAAGGACGCUUGAAUGUGGAUGUCAAAUUCGCACCUUUUUCAUGCGAUCGUCGCCGAGCACCUAUGCGUGAUGCGGAGGAUAGGUCCAUCGCAAUGGCAAUACACCAAGCCAUCAGCUCAUCUGUGCGCUUGGACGUGCUCCCAAAGUCGGUCAUUGAUAUUUUUAUAACCAUUGUUGAGUCGGAUGGCAUUGAAGGUUGCGUUGCCGCGGGUGUCAUCGUGGCCAGCACUGCUCUAACAGACGCCGGAAUUGAGAUCUUUGGGCUUGUGGCUUCUUGUUCAGCGGCAGCGGUGGGGGAAGAUAUCUGGUUGGAUCCAUCUUUGAGGGAAUCGCAAGAAUCAAGAGGAACCCUCGUACUAUCCUGCAUGCCUGCUUUGUCGACAGUAUCAAGCAUCUGGCAGACGGGAAAUAUGAAUACUGGUGACGUCCUUGCGUGUAUGGACGCUUGUAACAGUCGCUGUACGGACAUACAUUCUGUGAUCGCGCAAGUGUUGUUAGACAGUAUUUAACCGAUAAUUUAUGCGUGCUAGGCGGCCACUAUCAUGUAUUUCUUUCUG